GGAGUUUAUGUGGAUGUGCUUAUGUAGUUCUUUAAUCUUCUUUCAUUACACGAUAGAGUUAGUUUCUGGUGGCCGGCUGACGAGGGAGAAUUUAAGCAUGGAGCCGAAAUCGGAAAGUUCUGCAGUGGAAGACAACGAACUUGCUGCCUUCAAGAAAGCUGCAGUGAAAGCUGUUCAAGAACAUGCAGAGCUCAAAAAGAACUUGACAAGUUGCGGCGGAAGUUCCAAGAGAGUGAGAAAGUUCGCAGAGCUCUUGAAAAGAGAGUUCACAGUUCCGAGCAGGAACUGUCACGCCUCAGUAUCGUUUCAGAAGCAGCUUAUGACGAGUUUUCCCAUCUUCACAUCCAAUACGAGGUGGAGCAAAAAUGCAGGCUGACUGCAGAGACGUACGCCACCAAGGUAUUGUGGAACAGUUGGCAUUUUGUUCUAAUAUUACUCUCACGAUUUUGGGGCCAAAACAAUGUGGCUGAAUUGCAGCACUGGAAUUUGCAGAGUGCGAGAAAGACGGCAAACGUGCAUUCUGCUAAAAAAAAAUAAAAAAAUAAAAAACCGAUUGCCAAGUUAGGUGAUCAGUUUUUAAACAACGCCUGAAUAAAUCCCGG